AAAGAAAGAGAAAGAGUCCCAAUUCACUGUUGAGCCAAUUGGCAACCCACUAGAUUAAUUCUGAAUGGGCCGACAUAUGUUGUCGGCCGAAUCAUCACCGCCCUUCCAUCGCCCUCUUCACCGACGAGACUAGAAGCCACUUCGCUGCUUCCUCUCUCUCUCUCUCUGCCGCUGACAUGUUUUAUCGUUCACAUUGAAUGCAAAAUAAUAUGAACGGAAUAAUCACACUCAACCACUUGCGAUAAAGAAACUCAAAAUUUUUACCCAUUUAUCUGAAAUUAAAAAGAACAGUUCUUUUUUGUUUUCUUUAUACCACCAAGUUGAUUCAACUUGAAUUUGUUCAUGAAGGCGGCUUUACAUUUAUUGCCUAUAUAACACUGGUUUUCGAUAAACCUCGGAGGGUUCUUGAUAGUUGAAAGCUACUACAUUUGUGUUUUUUUCUUCAUCCUUUUGAUCUUUUACAUGUGCUUUGUAAAGGUGGCGAAUUCAGGAGAGAAAGAUAGAGAGAAUAGUGAAGAAGAAUGGGUUUUUCAUAGAAAUCCGUUGCUGAUGAGGCCGGAAAACCAGCUGCAGACGGUGCCGGCGAUACCGAUGCUUUCUGGGUUAUGCAGGGAGAGAGAAAUGUCGGCGAUUGUUUCUGCUUUGACCCAUGUGGUUACUGGAGAGGUUCCUGAUUCUGCUGAUUAUUUUCUAACAUUAUCAAAUGAAAGCAAUUCUUCAAGUUCUUCCAGUGCUGGAGCUGCAGGAGCAGCAAAGAGAGCAAGAGAAGAAGAAGGAUGUCAAGAUUUUGCAAGGCUUUGUAGACCAUUUGGUGAUGAAUUUUCAUAUGGAGCAAGGCUUUGUAGACCAGUUGGUGAUGAAUUUUCAUAUGGAGAGAGUUCAAAAAUUGCCACCACCACCGCCAUAUUCCCACCAGCAUCAGCCACAUUUACCACCGUAUAUGAGCACAACGAGAUCUUCAGAGAAGAGCCAAGGAGAAAAUACAGAGGAGUGAGGCAAAGGCCAUGGGGCAAAUGGGCAGCUGAAAUAAGAGAUCCAUUUAAGGCCGCUAGAGUUUGGUUAGGCACUUUUGACACUGCUGAAGCUGCAGCAAGAGCCUAUGAUGAAGCUGCACUCAGAUUCAGAGGCAGCAAGGCUAAGCUAAACUUCCCGGAAAACGUCAAGCUCCAACCAUCCACCUCCAAUCCGAUGACAACCCAGUUGAUAAUUUCUGAUUCUCCAAAUACCCUUUUAUCAGUUCCUACAUCUACUCAGCCAGUUGUUCACUCUCAAGCUGUUUCAGGGGACAUUGGUUGUUAUCAAAGACAAGCCAUGAGUCUACAUGAUCAAAUGGUUUUGUCAUCUUCAUCAACAGCUUCUCAUCAUUUUCAUUCUUCAUCUCCACAAUCUUCCUUUCCUCUGCCUUUUCCAGCUCCACCUGCCGGAGAGUUGACAGACCCCACCAGUCAGGGUGGGGGUGCACACAUUUCGAUUCCGGCAUGGUCGGAUUAUACUCCUUCCUCUUCAAGCUGAUCUAGUAGAACAUUUCAGACGAGCUUUUGGCUUUGCCACCACAUUUUUUUAAAACUGCAUUUAGGUC